GGUUCGCACACCCAGCACACCUUCACAUGCAGAUGAGGUCGACAGCAGGCGAGCAUUUGAAGCAGAGCCGCGUGCGACUCGUUCGGAGCCGGGGGAUCGCUUGUUCUUGUUCGGGGAGCGACAGGUUAUCUCGUGCAAGGAGAAGCAUCCAGCCGCCUCAGCGUCAGUCUGCGGAAAAUCUUUGAGAACCCCCCCCCCCCCUUAACAACACCACCACAUCGCUCGCUCGUCUCCACCACACGAGCGCCUGAGUAGAUGUUCAACUCCAUGCAUUCUCAUCCCCUCAUCUAAGCGCCAAAUUUUAUCCGCCGACGCCGAGAUGGAAAACGCGCACACCAAAGCGGCGAGUGAAGUUUUAGACUUUUUCGGCGUGAAUGAAAACACCGGACUGACUCAGGAGCAAGUGAAAGUGCAAUUGGAGAAAUAUGGGCCGAACGAGCUCCCUGCUGAAGAAGGAAAGUCCCUGUGGGAACUCGUGUUGGAGCAGUUUGAAAACCUUCUGGUCAGGAUCCUGCUUCUCGCUGCCUGCGUCUCCUUCGUGUUGGCUUUGUUUGAGGAGGGGGAGGAGACAGCCACCGCCUUUGUUGAGCCUGUCGUCAUCCUCCUUAUCCUCAUUGCGAAUGCCGUCAUUGGUGUCUGGCAGGAACGUAAUGCUGAGAACGCCAUCGAGGCGCUGAAAGAGUACGAACCCGAGAUGGGUAAGGUGUACCGCAUGAACCGUAAGGCUGUGCAGAGAAUCAAAGCCAGGGACAUCGUUCCAGGAGACAUCGUAGAGGUGGCGGUUGGUGACAAAGUUCCAGCCGACAUCAGGUUGACCUCUGUUAAGUCUACCACCUUGAGAGUGGACCAAUCCAUCCUCACAGGGGAGUCUGUGUCCAUCAUCAAACACACUGACCCAGUUCCUGACCCCAGAGCUGUCAAUCAAGACAAGAAGAACAUGUUGUUUUCUGGCACCAACAUCGCUGCGGGCCGGGCUAUAGGCGUCGUCGUGGCGACCGGAGUUGCCACCGAAAUCGGCAAAAUCCGCAAUCAGAUGGCGUCAACAGAACAAGAAAAGACGCCGCUGCAGCAGAAGUUGGAUGAGUUCGGCGAGCAGCUCUCCAAGGUCAUCUCCCUCAUUUGCGUGGCUGUGUGGGUAAUCAAUAUCGGUCACUUCGGGGACCCCGUCCACGGUGGCUCCUGGAUGCGGGGAGCUAUCUAUUACUUUAAGAUAGCAGUGGCCUUGGCUGUGGCUGCCAUCCCCGAAGGCCUGCCUGCCGUCAUCACCACUUGCCUGGCCCUCGGAACCCGUCGCAUGGCCAAGAAGAACGCCAUCGUGCGGAGUCUGCCCUCGGUGGAGACCCUCGGCUGCACCUCUGUUAUCUGCUCUGACAAGACGGGGACCCUCACCACCAACCAAAUGUCCGUCUGUAGAAUGUUCGUGGCGGACAAAGUGCAGAAUUCCAGCUGCACCUUGCAUGAGUUCUCGAUAACAGGAUCCACAUAUGCACCUGAAGGGGAAAUACUGAAAGGAGACCGGUCAGUCCAGUGUGGAGACUAUGAUGGACUUUUGGAGUUGGCCACUGUGUGUUCCAUGUGCAAUGACUCUUCAUUGGAUUACAAUGAGGCCAAAGGCGUGUACGAGAAAGUGGGGGAAGCCACAGAGACGGCUCUUACCACCUUGGUGGAGAAGAUGAAUGUCUUCAAAACGGACCUUUCCGGACUCAGCAAGGUGGAGCGUGCUGGGGCCUGCAACUCGGUGAUCAGGCAACUGAUGAAGAAGGAGUUCACCUUGGAAUUCUCUCGCGAUCGCAAGUCCAUGUCGGUCUACUGCACGCCGGUCAAGCCCGGCUCUCAGAGCAAGAUGUUUAUCAAGGCACGGGAGAAUCGUACAAUUCAAGAAUUUCUUUUUCCUUUCUAUCACAUUCUAAUGUUUCUUUUUGCCUGUAUAGUCAGUUGUAGUCUUUUUCAACAGGGUGCUCCAGAGAGCGUGAUCGAGCGAUGUCAAUACAUGCGUCUGGGAACCGGGAAGGUGGCACUGACACCGGCCUUGCGCGAGCAGCUCAUGUCCAAGGUCCGUGACUGGGGAACGGGGCGGGACACCCUGCGCUGCUUGGCUCUGGCCACCCGUGACAACCCCCCACGCAAGGAGGACAUGGACUUGGAGAAUUCCAGCAAGUUUGUGGACUAUGAGUUGAGCCUCACAUUCAUCGGCUGUGUGGGCAUGCUGGACCCGCCGAGAAACGAGGUGAUAGGCUCGGUGAAACUCUGCAACGAAGCAGGUAUUCGUGUGAUCAUGAUCACGGGGGACAACAAGGGCACAGCGGUGGCCAUCUGCAGGCGCAUCGGCAUCUUCGGCGAGAAGGAGGACGUGGCGGGAAAGGCCUACACCGGCCGCGAGUUUGAUGAUCUUUCACCGGAAGCCCAGAAAGAGGCUGUGAAACACGCACGAUGUUUCGCACGGGUGGAGCCGGCUCACAAGUCCAAGAUUGUUAGCUACCUGCAGUCCUUCGAGGAAAUCACCGCCAUGACUGGAGAUGGCGUGAACGAUGCCCCCGCCCUGAAGAAAGCAGAGAUCGGCAUCGCAAUGGGCUCGGGUACAGCGGUGGCCAAAUCAGCCUCCGAGAUGGUACUCUCUGAUGAUAAUUUCUCCACCAUUGUGUCUGCUGUGGAGGAGGGCCGGGCCAUCUACAACAACAUGAAGCAGUUCAUCAGAUACCUCAUUUCCUCCAACGUGGGCGAAGUCGUGUGCAUCUUCUUAACCGCCAUUCUGGGUCUCCCUGAGGCUCUGAUACCAGUCCAGUUGUUGUGGGUCAAUCUGGUGACCGAUGGUCUGCCCGCCACCGCCCUGGGCUUUAACCCCCCUGACCUGGACAUCAUGGACAAACCUCCACGUAAUCCCAAAGAACCUCUCAUCUCAGGAUGGCUUUUCUUCCGCUACUUGGCCAUUGGAGGCUAUGUGGGUCUGGGGACCGUGAGUGCCGCCACUUGGUGGUACCUGUUUGAUGAAGAAGGGCCACAAGUGUCUUUUUAUCAGCUGCGACACUUCAUGCAGUGCACUGAGGAGAACCCAGUGUUUCAGGGAAUCGAUUGUGAGGUGUUUGAAUCCCGCUACCCCACCACCAUGGCCCUCUCCGUGCUGGUUACCAUUGAAAUGUUCAAUGCGCUCAACAGUUUGUCCGAGAACCAGUCCCUUCUGCGAAUGCCUCCCUGGGUCAAUAUUUGGUUACUGGGAGCCAUUGUCCUUUCUCUCUCCCUCCACUUCUUAAUCCUUUAUGUUGAGCCUAUGCCACUGAUCUUCCAGGUGACCCCUCUGCGUUGGUCUCAGUGGACCGUGGUCCUGAAAAUUUCAAUCCCUGUUAUCCUCCUGGAUGAGGCACUAAAAUAUAUUUCCAGGCAUUACCUUGAAGCCUAAAUUCUUUUCUUCCCUUCUAUGGAAAGGUGAUGAUGAGAGGAAGUACCGGAGGAAAUGGCAGCAGAAUUAAGUCGUCUCCAUCCAACGCGCUCACAGUUAGACACAGGCUUUCCUUCUUCCCUCUUACAAGCGACAACCCCCUACUCAUCAUUCUGUGUCGGAUGAACCACCACUACACAGUCAAGAGGCAUGCCUGAAGAAAAACAAACAAACAAACAAAAAAAAAA